UUGAAUGGUAUAGGCACAAAAUUCAGAAGCGAUCGAUAUGCAGGUGGUUUGAUUAGAUGUCUGGGAAGGCGGGCAUGACGUGGAAAUUGGGAGUAUGCUUUUUGAUAACUACUCUUCAGAUACUCGAGAGUUGCAGUGCAGUUGUGGAUGAUAGUAAUGAUGACAAUGUUUUACAUAUAGGAGGUAUAUUUCCUAUAGGAGGGAAAGGUGGCUGGCAGGGUGGACAGGCAUGUGAGCCAGCAGCAUCUUUAGCCCUAGAAGAUGUCAAUAACAGGACUGAUUUACUGACAGGCUUCACCCUGAAGUUGCAUUGGAAUGAUAGUGAGUGUGAGCCUGGGCUUGGAGCUUCUGUGAUGUACAACUUGCUGUACAAUAAGCCCCAGAAACUGAUGCUUUUGGCGGGUUGCAGUACUGUCUGUACUACAGUUGCUGAAGCUGCCAAGAUGUGGAAUUUGGUUGUGUUAUGUUAUGGUGCAAGCUCUCCAGCCCUGUCAGAUCGAAACCGUUUCCCAACUCUCUUUCGAACACAUCCAUCUGCUACAGUGCAUAACCCAACACGCAUCAAGUUGAUGGAGAAAUUUGGUUGGUCACGUGUUGCUAUUUUGCAGCAGGCAGAAGAAGUUUUCAUAUCUACAGUUGAAGACCUUGAAGCUCGAUGUAAAGAGACUGGAAUAGAGAUUGUGACACGACAGAGCUUCUUGAGUGACCCCACAGAUGCUGUACGCAAUCUGCGGCGUCAGGAUGCCCGGAUCAUAGUUGGUUUGUUCUAUGUGGUAGCAGCUCGGAGAGUGCUGUGUGAGAUGUAUAAGCAGAAUCUCUAUGGAAAGUCUCAUGUAUGGUUCUUUAUAGGGUGGUAUGAAGACAAUUGGUUUGAAGUGAAUUUAGAAAAAGAGGAAGUUGGCUGUACGAAGGAUCAAAUGAGAAUUGCUGCUGAAGGUCAUUUGACAACUGAAGCUCUGAUGUGGAACCAAAACAAUCAGCGAACAAUAUCUGGCAAGACAUCUGAGGAUUUUCGACUGCGCUUGAAUGAGGUGCUGCGCCAGGCGGGGUAUGACAUAGACAACAUGCGCUACCCUGAAGGUUACCAAGAGGCUCCGCUGGCAUAUGAUGCUGUGUGGGCUGUUGCCCUGGCAUUCAACAAAACCAUGGAACGGUUACAUAAACAUGGAAAAAGUCUGAAAAAUUUUACUUACACAGAUAAAGAGACAGCAGAUGGCAUUUACUCAGCCAUUAACAGCACACAAUUCCUUGGUGUCUCUGGGUAUGUAGCAUUCAGUUCACAAGGGGAUCGUAUAGCGCUGACACAAAUUGAACAGAUUAUUAAUGGAACAUAUGUGAAGCUUGGUUAUUAUGAUACACAGAGUGAUAACCUAACGUGGCUGGGCAAGGAGAAGUGGAGUGGAGGAAAAGUGCCACAGGAUCGAACCAUUGUGCGUCAAGUUUUGCGCACAGUCUCUCUGCCCCUCUUCAUCUGUAUGUGGACCAUUUCAUGCAUAGGUAUUAUGGCUGCCAUUGCACUCAUUGUGUUCAACAUAUGGUACCGCCAUAGAAGGGUGAUACAGUCAUCUCAUCCCGUGUGCAACACCAUCAUGUUACUGGGUGUUUGCACUUGUUUGUGGUCAGUAUUCCUGCUAGGAUUAGAUGGCCAAUUUGUGAGUCCCCAUGUGUAUCCUGUGGUAUGCCAGGCACGUGCGUGGCUUCUCUGUAUUGGCUUCACUUUGGCAUAUGGGGCCAUGUUCAGCAAAGUGUGGCGUGUUCAUCGCCUUACUACCAAGGCCAAGUCAGAAGUCAAGAAAGUAGAACCUUGGAAAUUGUAUCUCAUGGUGACUGGCUUCCUGCUGGUAGACAUUGUUAUACUCUUAACCUGGCAGUUGUAUGAUCCACUGCAGCGCCGUAUAGAAGUGUUUCCGUUGGAAGAUCCAGUGUCAACUGAAGAUGAUAUCAAGAUUCGGCCUGAACUUGAACACUGUGAAAGUGAAAAUAACAAUGUUUGGUUAGGUGUUAUGUAUGGCUACAAAGGACUUGUGUUGGUGUUCGGUUUGUUCCUGGCUUACGAAACUAGAAGCAUCAAAGUGAAGCAGAUCAAUGAUUCACGCUAUGUGGGAAUGUCCAUCUAUAAUGUGGUAGUUCUCUGCCUCAUUACAGCACCAGUCACCAUGGUUAUUGCUUCCCAGCAAGAUGCUAGCUUUGCAUUUGUUGCACUUGCUGUCAUUUUCUGCUGUUUCCUCAGUAUGGCACUCAUCUUUGUUCCUAAGGUGAUUGAAGUGAUACGCCAUCCACGAGACAAGAUCGAAUCGAAGUACAACCCCGAUGUAGGAAUGACCAAAGAAGAUGAAGAACGGUAUCAGAAGCUAGUGGCUGAAAAUGAGGAACUCCAGAAACUCAUAUCAGCAAAAGAGGAGAAAAUUCGAUUGAUCAGAAUCCGGCUGCAGGAGCGUGAGGCUUUGCGUGGUGGAGGGGUGACAGAUGGGCGCCUCCUUUCUGGUACAACUCCACAGCAGGAUUCUACUGCCAACACAGAGUGAAGCAAGCAGAAUGAGGCAGUAAUGUCAGCAUACAGACAUCAGCUGUGGAACUUCAGUUGCGUGUCCUUCAGCAGUAUCUUCGGUGAUAAAUUAUAAUAACAGUUUUCAACUGGCUUUGUUUAGGCUGUGCAGUAUAUAUCAGUUCUACUUGUGUGAAUGGUACAGAUGGGCAGUGAUAAUGAAAAGGUCUUUGUUAUAUUCACGCACUAAUGUUGUACUAUUACAGUAGUGAAUAAGUAAUUGUUUACUAAAAGGUUUUGACUUUUCCAGAGUUGGGAUUCUUGUAAAUAGUUCUCAUUUGACAGAAUCAAAAGGAAGGGAAUUGUUAUAACGAGAUUUUACUGUUUUGGAAUUCAAUUAUUUCAGUUUAUUUUAUCCUUUGCUGAGAAAAAAGAAAAUUGUUCAGCAGAAAUAUGGUGGUGAUGAUGGGUGUGAGCCAGUCAGAUUGUACAUGCCCCUCCUUCAAAGGAACUUUUGAAAGUUGUUACUGUAAUCUUUUUAGUUAUUUUUUUUUAUACUUCGUAUACAGCAGAUUUAAUCUAUUCAUGAAAAUAUAUCGGGUCUUGUGCAUAAAAGAAAAGUAAUAGUUAACUUAAAUAUGUUGAUUUUAAUAUGACUGAGAAGAGCCAUUGAGAUUGUACAUUUCGCUUCGAGAGAAGUUGCUCUGUCAAGUUCAGUUUAUUGUUUUGUAUAUAUUGUAAAUAAUAAUUAUAUAGUCUUGAAAGUGUUUCUCUCAACCUUUGCUGUAAUAUUUAUGUAAUUGUGGAACUUACAAUUCUGAAUGGUGUUUAUGCAGUUGUUUCUUAUGAUUCAUGUGUGCAUCUUAAGAACUAUAUGCAGAGAAGGUUAUUAUUACAUUCAUAUGAAUUUUCUUUUUCAUUGUCAUAUUUAUGUUUGUGAGGUCCAGGUUGAAGGACAGGAAGGGCCAGUCAUUGUGACACUUGUUUUCUGUAUUCUUCAGCUUUAUGUAGCAUUGUAAUUUUCUAAUUUAGAUAGUAGUGUUCUUGUUUUAUAGGCAUUAGUUGUAGAUAGUAUAAGAUAUUCCCUUGUUUUAUCCAUUAGCAGGUAGUUUUAUUUGUUUGAUUCCCUAAACGUUUAUGAUAUGGUGUACAUGAGACUUUGUGAUUUAGAAUUUGGUUUGUUAAUAGGACAUGUUGCUGCUAAUAAUAACUGUAUGUGAGUUGGAUGUUCUGGUAUUGUUUUCCAUUAUUUUGUUAUGUACAGGGGGAACUUGUGUACAGAUAUGGAUAUGGUAAACGUUUGUACAUAUUCAUACAUCAUAGAAGUGAUGCUUAUUGCCUGUGAAGUAACUCUCACUCAUAGAUACCCACAUGCAGGGUGAAGUGGGAAAGGAAAAAGGAGGAGUGUGCAGGGCCUAAUUCUAAAUCAAAAUGAAAGUCUGAAAAAUUGAUGUUGGGUUUUGUAGGUGUUUCAGUAUGAAAUAUUCACCUUGUUUCAGUGUCAUAUUGACAUUUGUUAUGUGUCUUACUACUCAUCUUAGCAUGUUUGUGGAACAUGACUGUUCGCUAGUAUUCAAGAAAGGGAUGCUGAGAUGUUCAGCAGUGUUAGAUUUUAUUUUGAAGUGCUUGUUUAAAAAUGCAUAGGUCAGUCUUUACUAUGGAGUGUGUAGUGAUUGUUCAGGUGUGUUAUAUUCUAGAUGCGUGAUAUCCAGGAUAACUUUGUUGACAUCUAUUUUUUACAUUUUUCUGUAGCAUGUACCAGUUUUGAAUAUAUGUAUAAAUAUGAAUGUCAUUUAAUGAGUUAAAUAUUGAAAGCAUUGUGUUAGUUACGAACUGUCUCUCUGUUCAGUUCAGUCUUUGAGAUGGAACAAAGUAAUAUGUAAUCUGUUUAGAGCAUUAUUUUGUAAUCCCAUUAAUUUUGAAUCAGUGAAGUCGUUUAAAUUGCUGAUUGUAAUAAUUGGAGUGAUGUGUUUAUGUGAUGUAUGUUUUAGUUGUGCUUUGAGGAGUGGGAUAAAAAUAAAUAAUUGAGUAACAAAUCUGA